AUCUAUUUUUCGGGAAUGUAUCGCGAUCAUCGUAUGACUUGUCAAGAGUACAAAUGUCAAUGAAAACAAAGCUGGGAAAAAUGUGCCGUAGUAAUGCGACGUUUAUCGUGCUCUCGUUAUUUCUGAUAUUCUUCUGCGACACGACAUCAUCAGAGUGCGUGCAGGAGACACCUUGCACUUGCUCGUUACCGAACGGCUAUUAUUACAAUUUGACCGCCCUCGCUGACGCAAAGUCAUUUUCAACUACAAGAGAUAAUUAUACAGUCUACUUUCAUCCAUGCACAAAUGUAAAUAUAACGAUAGAGAACAAGGCAAAUUGUUCUACGGAAAAUGUAUCAUUAUGUAUAUUGCACAAUGUCAAUAAAACAGUAUUAACUGGGACAGUAAAAGAAACAAAAAUGAAAUUAUCGGAUAAUGACAAAUUUCCAAUUUUUGAAAUACAUCAUAAUGACACUAAAAUUAUAGUAAACAUUGUAUGCUUUAUGGGAGACAAGGAAACGAGUUUUGUACUUGAUUCUGUUAGCGCUAAAACAUAUGUUUUUAAGCUGGUUUCACCACAUGGAUGUAAAUUACAACGAGAAAUAGGAUUAUCGACGGGUUCCCUUUUAGUUAUUUUGUUCUUUGUCAGUGCUGGCGUAUAUUUCAUUGGUGGUAUCAUAGUGCUGAAAGCAUUGAGGGGAGCUACAGGCUGGGAGAUGGUGCCUAAUCAUGAAUUCUGGUGCAAACUUCCUUCGCUAGUCAGAGAUGGCGUCGUCUUUGCCUUCAAUUGUUGUCGAGCGGGCAGUUACGAGAGAAUAUAAUAUGUUUUUGUUAAACUGAUCCGAUUUCAUAUUUAUUAAGCGCCCAAACUUUAUCGCAAUUUAGUGUAUUAUAAAUAAUCCAUUUGUACUUCAAAUAUUUGUUCCACCCCCUA